AUAAAAUUAAUUCGUUCAUCUUUGGAAUGGCUUGCUUGGAUGUAAAUUGUUACAGGUUUGAGAUUGCAUAUUGGUACAUCAUCAUUGUGUAAUCACAUUGGUAGCAAGUGCGAAGUGGGCGAGUACCAGUCACAGUGCUGCGACAGACUCAGCUGCGGAUGAGUUUGUAUCUAUAUUUUGAAAUAGAGAGGAUCAGAUCCUCCUUCUGCUGAAUGAUAUUUGACAGAGCUAAUUGCAUUGCACGUCACUGUCAGGUAGCUCGGGCCUGCAGCGAUUUCGCUGCAAACUGCUGCCGGUAUGACAAUAAAAUUUGUGUUGCUUGUGAAUAAGCAAGGGCAAACUCGCCUUAGCCAGUACUAUGAGUUCACUCCUAUUGAGGAGCGGGUCAGUACCGAAGCUGAGAUCAUUCGAAAGUGUUUAAGUCGCAAUGAAACACAGUGCUCAUUUAUGGACUAUAAGUCCUUUCGGGUAAUAUACCGGCGGUAUGCUUCAUUGUACUUCAUUCUUGGUGUGGACAGUACUGAGAAUGAACUUGCAAUUUUGGAGUUCAUCCAUAACAUUGUUGAGACAUUUGAUCGCUACUUCAACAACGUGUGUGAGCUGGAUAUUAUGUUCAAUUUGGAGAAAGCUCACUUGAUCUUGGAUGAAAUGAUUAUGAAUGGACAGAUCCUUGAAACAAACAAGACACGGGCGCUGGCGCCACUGACUGUUAUGGAUCAUGCAGCAGCUGCUGGCAAGUGAAUAAUACCCUUACCGUCUCCUGAUGUCGUCAUCACACCAGUACGAGUGCUCACGCGGCAGCCGUUCUAGAAUUCCAAACUUUGUCAUAAUCUUCACGAAAAUUAUCGUCAAAAUGUAGUUACUAGUAGUCGGUAAGUUCAUCAUCAGACUGAUCAUUUCGAUUUCAUCUGGGUACUUUUUCACUAUCAGUUUGUGCACAGUUAUUUUAACACUUCCCCUCAUCACAUCAGAUACUUUCGCUUUGACAUCUUGUAUGUUGCGUUGUGUUCCAGUACUUUUCGGUCACCACUUUCCGUAUUUUAUAUUUCAUUGAUUUUCUUGACUACAGAUAUGGACCAGUGUAUUAAUUUUAAUGAUGGCUGGUGUGCUUAUUGUGUUUAUGUUUUGAAGUACCCUUUUCAGCUCCCUCAGACUGAAGUAACAUGACGAUUGUACAUGAACAUAAAACACACAUCUAACGUUCCCCCUAGGCGCCUUGUUUUCCAUUUUCAUUGUUUAGUUUUGUCCUUUUACCUGAUGUUUUGUCAGAUUUAGCAUGUCAUGUAGUGCAUAUAUGGUAUAGUAUGACCAAGCUUGGUACUCUUUUUAGUUCCUGAACCUAUGCAAAAGAUGAUGGUCUCUAUCGCUUUAUUUCGUA